GCUUUGCUCAGUCACUCCACCACCAGCGUUGUUUGAGUUUAGAAAGAGGGGAGUGCAUUGAGCUGCGAGAACGUGUGCUCCAGCUCGGGAGUGUGGUCACCCCAGCCCGUCUGAAAGGCCACUGAGCAGCCCUUUGUGUUUGACUCUGGUGAAGAUGGUCUGAAGGCAUGAGCUGUUCCUGACAGCUGAUGGCGGGGGUUUAUUGCUGUCUCCGAGGCACGGCAGGAGAUCAUAUGAUGGCCACGGGAGUGCCAGACCUAAGACAGGCUUCAGAGGCUGAAGAAUGCAGUGAAGAAUGUUCAGGCAAGAAGAAGUCAAAAUUUAAAACCUUCAAAAACUUUUUUGCCAAGAAGAAGAGGAAAGAUCCAGCAGCCCCCAGAGGAGAGAGCAGUCUUAAACCGUGUCAAUCAAGCAGUGAUGUCAACCUUCCGGAACUUUCCACAGCAUUGCCUAACUCUGAGGCAGGCUCUCAAAGUAGCAUUGGAAACAGAGCUGUGUCACAUGACAGCAUUUUCAUUCCGGAAGUUUCCAUCUCCAGCUCUGCACCGGUCAGAGUGAUGUCUCAGGAAAAUAUGCCUGGGAGGGUGAAAGCUUUGCAGCUACAGCUUCAACAGAACAUCCACUUGACUUCCCCUGGUAUGCUGAUUUCUACAAAAAAAGUGGAUGAUGCUGGAACUCUCUCAGAGGAUGAUGGUUUGCCCAGAAGUCCUCCGGAAAUAUCAUCUCUUCACGCCAUUCUGAGAUGCUCCACUCCGAAGUCUGCAGCCACUGUGGAGAGACACAGCUCUUUGAGUUUAGGUGGAACAGGAAGUGAAGAUGAAGAGCAGAUAUCCUCAAAGCCUUCUUCCAGACCUCUGAGUCCCCUCUCACCACUGGCUUUCAUGACAACCAUCUCUGACUCACUUCCUGUUGACUUCAGCUCCCCAGCUAACCCUUUUGCCUGCCUGGAUAACUCUGCGGCAAAACACAAGAUUGCUGUUAAUCCUCGCAGACAGAAGUUCUUUGCCAAACAGAAGAAGCCAACUAUUAGAGAAGAUUCAAAGAUACCCAAAUUUAUUUUGCCUGGAAGUAAAGAUGAAAGGGAUCCAGUCACGUCCUCUGCCAGUGAUUUACAGGCUGAAAAUAAAGAAGAAAUUGAUCUCUUGGCACAAUGCAAUGACUUAAAGCAUGAAACAAAUGGAGAUGAGUUUGUGGAAACUGUUUCUAAGAGUUCCAAAAUACAUGAGGUUCCUCACAGUCACAGUCCAGAGCAUGGUGGAAAUGCUUUAGAUCAGAAUGGAGCUGUAUUGCCUAAAACUACAAGUAAACAGACACUUGACCCAGAAAUGCUCCUUACCUCUGAUGGUGUACAUAGUUCUGAGAAGCCUCCCAAUAUGCAAGUGGUGUCACCAGGAAUAAUGCUAACGCAUGAUGAAGAUUUUAAAUCGACUUUGGAGAAGUCUUGUAUGGACAAUGAAGAAAAUGCUGUUCUGUCUCUUCCCAUGUUACCAAUGACCAUUACUGAAUUAGAAGAAUGUUCAGAGACAAUCAGUCGAGCCAAAGGGGGAGCCAUAUUUGAGAAUAUGGAGGAGGCUGUGCACCUCAUCAAUGCCGACACACCUCCAUCAGAAGAAAAGAUCUCAGUUGAAAUGCACAUAGAGGGACGUGAAGUGGGAAAUGGUGGAAAUUCAGUACAAUCAGAACAUGGCUCAAAGUCUAAAGAAGCAAAGUGUAAGAGCUCUGUUGUACCUCAUGAUAACGCUUUGCACUUGUUCAAAGAGACAGAAGGACAGGAAGAAAAUAUCCUGACAGAUAAUUCAAUAAUGAGAGAGGCAGUUGACACAAGCUUAUUAAAUAACAAGGUAGAACACCAACAGGCUUCCAGUGAUGAAUUGACAGACAGUAUUUGGUGUUUAUCAGAAGUUCCACUUGAAGAAUUGUUCAUUCAACCUGAACCUUCUACACUGCAAUUACUUGAUGUUCAGGGACAGUCUGAAAAUUCAGUACCUGAUAAGCCAUUACAGAAAGAUAACAGGCUUGUGAAUCAAGGUUCAGCCAAAUUCUCAAUCGCCUCUGCUUGGCAGAGGUCAUUAUUGGAGGCCAAUAGAAAGAACGAAGGUUUGAAUGCAGAUUGUAGUCUUCAGGCACCACAGAAACCUGAGCUUUGCAAGGAGAAUGUCAGUGAAGGGUCAUCAAAUCAAGGCACAGGAAGUCUCCUGAAAUACCAGCAGUUCUUUGAUCAGCCAUUGAAGAUGAAAUUUACUGGAGCCAGACCAGCUGCUACUGAGAAGCCAUGUCUCCAAAACAUUACAAAACCGCAAACAAAACCUGACUUAGAUACCAAAGGAAACCCAUUUGGUGUCAAACUCAGGAGAACCUCACCUCUUCUCAAAUAUUCAGCUGAAAGUAACUCUGAACAUGUUGUGGUUGACAGCGAGCAGGCAGUGGGAAGUAAACCACAUGCAGGGAUACAGACCCCAACGGCUCAGGCAAUUGGUGCUAGAGGCAGCAGACAGGCAGAGGCUGCCACAGUGAAUACAGCGAAGGAAGACAAUGACAAGUUAUUCUUGGAAAGUCACAGGAAUAGAUGCCGACAGCUGGGAAAAGCUGAUUCAGUGGAUGUUUCAACUGAGUCAGUGACACAAGAAAAGGACAAUGCUCCUCAAGAGAAGACUGAAAGAAAAGAUCGUCAAACCCAACUGGACUUCAGUAAAGCCUCAGAGAGGAAACCACAACUUGUCAAAUGUGCUGCAGCAGAGGAUGCCAGCUGUGGAGUCAACUGCUCAGAGCCUGUGUGGGUCUCCAUGGCAAGACAGAAACAGAAAGGCUUUCAAGGCCAAUACUCAGGGAUGCAGGACAGACCCCAGCCCCUGGAGGACAGGUUCUCAGUACAGAUUGAUGCAAAGAAGGAAGCAAAAAAGCCCCAGUGGGGGAAGAAUGGAAAUAAGAACCCCUUACCCAGCUUUCAGGCCAAGGAACUGAAAACACAUGCAAAGGAGGAAGAUGAAUCCAACACAAUAACUCCUUUUGGACAUGGUUCACAGUUACAGCCGAAAGCACAAGCCUAUGGAAUGGGGAUGAGAGAGAAACGACCAACGCCUAAUGUGAAGAUUGCUCCACUGGCUACUGUGCAACCACCAUGGCUGGCCAUUGCCAAGAAGAAAGCAAAAGCAUGGAGUGACAUGCCUCAGACUGUCCAGUAGCACUUCAGCUCCAAAACAAGACAACAGGAGGAGAUUACUCUUCAAAACAUUCCCGAGACCCCAACUGUGAUUGUCUUCAACAGUGAUACUGAGACUGUUGUGGUACACGUUGUGGCAUAGUGUAGCAAUUUGUCCUGAAAAGUGGUGCAAUUGUGGAAGUAUUAGAUGGGCUGCUUGUUAAACUGCAUGUCCAAUAUUCAAUUCACUGACAUCCACGGAAACAAACAUUUGAUUGCAUUUGCAACAAGUAUCAGUUUUGCAUCCACACCCAAAUUAAAUUUCACCCUGAAAAUGCAUUCCAUUGGUGUUCCUCUGUCACUGUUCAGAUGCAUGAAUUAAACUUAUUUAAAUAGUUUAGCGUCUAUGUUGAAGGACCCAAAGAAAUGACAUACUCAGCUAGUGUCAGCAAACAUAGAGACCAAGCUAAUAAGUCUGACAGGCCUAAUUGUUCUUUUUGAUUUCUAAACUGCUCCUUUACGCCCCAAACUAUCUUAUACCUGUCUCUGUCAGUGGCAACCUGCAUUGUGGAGUGGAAUAGCUGGGUAUUAUUAUUUCCUGCAAUGGCAGACUGAAUUCACUUCUGGAAUGAACUGUAAGCUCAGCAUAUACACCUGCAAUUCCAAACCUGUUGGUAACUUGAGCUCCUUAGAAUAAGGUCUGAUCUACUAACUGAUGAGGAAGCUGUCUGCAGGUUUAGCAACUUGGAUUUAUUCAUCUGCUCCUGUGACUUGGAUUCAAAUCAAGUCCAGAGUGACAUAAAGAAUGUUUCUUCUGUCACCUAUAAAAUGCACUUGAACAUCAGAGGUUAACUUUAGUUUAGCUUUUGUUUCUUGGCACGGGAUAAGGUAAGGAUUUAACCUCAAUCCAAAGGAUAUGGGCAUCAUUGGAAAGGCCAGCUUUUAUUGAUCAUCAGAUGAGUUAACAUCUUAGGCCAUUGGAGUCGGUACAGUGUAAGUACUACAUAGUGCUUUUUCAUUCUCUGUGGAGCAGUUUGAUACAACUGAGUAGUUUGAUAUUCUACCACAGAGGGUAGUUAAAUGUCAGCCAUGUUGCUGUAGAUAUGGAGUUAUACAUAGGGCUCAACAAGGAUGGCAAAUUGAAGAAAUUUAGUGAGCCAGAUUGUUUUGUUAUUAGAGUUUCACAGAUCAUUAUUAAUGAGACUAACAUUUUAUUCAAGUUUUAUUAAUUAUUUUCAAAUUCCUUAAGCAGCUAUGGUGGGAUUUAAACUCAUAUCUCCAAAACAGUAGUUCAAAGCUUUCAAUUACACACCUAGUAGUAAACAACUUCUCCAACAUAACCCCAAUAUUCAGUCAUUGAGAAAGACCUUUCAGGGAAGUAAGGGAAGAAUUCUACAACCUUUAAAUAUCCAAAUCAGGUUUAAGAAGUGUGCAAAUUAAUGGCAUAGAAAGGUGCCAUUGAAUCCAUUGUAUCAGUGCCACCUGUAUACCAGAACAAGUUAAAAUUAAUCCAAGUGCCUGAUAAUUUGCUAAUAGCCUUUAGUCUUUCUCUGCUUUUAUCUAUUUUGCCCUUAAAAUAACCAAGGGUUUCUGAUUCAAUUAUUUCCUGAUUCAUUCCAUGUUCUACACAAGCAUCCACAUAAAACAUCAUUCCCAACCAUCUUAUUCACACGUUCUAUAACAAUUUGAAACUGAUUAUCACUACACUGCCAAAAUCUCAACCAACCGAAAGGCUCUUUCUGUAUUAACUGUAUCGAACCGCUUUGUAAUAUUUGAAGACCCCAAAGGUUAAAUGGUUCAAAAGCACUUUGGAUUUAAACUCAGCAAAGUCACUUACAGGCAGUUUUUAGCAGGGAACUUGACUUUGGCCUUGGUUCACGUUUACAUUGCUAUUUUAUAGUUAAUACACAUGCAAAAUUGCUUCAUGCUGAGGCUGAACUUACCAUUUAAGUGCAGUAAAAAAGAGUGAUACAUGACCUUGAGGGUACCAAGAUGGAACGUGCUUCGGUCCCAGCAUCUUCACCCUUUUCCUUACUAAGCACACAUCAAAAAGAAAUUAAAAAUUAAUAAACUGUCAGAAUUAUGACCUCAUACAUGUUCAAAUAAAGGUGACUAAAAUUUGAAGCAUUUCCAAUUGUCCUGCUAAAUAUCUUCAGAGUUGGGAACAAUAGAAAUUAUGCCUUAUUAUAUUCUGUACCACGAGCUGCAUUAUAUUCUGCUGUUUCGAAUCUUCGUAAUGCAGUCAAUCUGACACUUACAUUUAAAGAAUUUAUUAGCAGAUCUAUACAAAGACUUGUGUUGUAAAAUUGAGUGUUACAUUGUGUCGGAAUUGUGACAUUUCUGUUAUUUUAAACAAUGUCUUUAUUUGUAUUGGCUGCUUUAAGGAUGUUAGAUAUCGUUCUCAGGGCUAAAGGGAUGGAAGGGUAUGAAGAGAAAGCAGGAUCAGGAUGAUCAGCCAUGAUCUCAUUGAAUGGUGGAACAAGCUCAAAGGGCCAAAUAGCCGACUCCUGCACCAAUUUUGUAUGUUUCUAUAUAAUGGAAAAGUAUAGGAUUUAUCUAUUAUGCAGAGGGUCCGAAACACAGGAAGCUUAAGAACAGUCAUCUGCUCAGGCCUGCUCUGCCUUUCUGUUGGAGCUUGGUCAUGACCACCUCAACCCAUUGACCCGCUUUUGCUCCAUGCCCAACAAGCAUCCAUCAGGCAUAUCCUUGAGAGUUCCUAUAGCCCCAGGUAUUUACAUUUGUUUUGUGCGGCUGUGUUGGGAUGGCAAGAGUUGGAGGUGGAGGAGAGUUCAAAUUUGAACUGGCCUUUGUGUGCAAGAGCCCUUUCUGAUUUAUUUUCUGAAAAACCUAUUGCUUUCCUAUGUUCCCUUUCCCCUCAUGGAGCGGGGUGUGUGAGAAGUUGCAUUGCACGGGAAUGGUAUUGGAAGUAGAAUCCACAUUCGCUUUCAAAAUGAAGUGAAUAAUUAUUUAGAAUGGAAAUAUUUUGAGGAGAGAUUGGGAAAUGAUAGGACUCAGCAUGAUAUGAAUAGCUCAGAGUGCUGGCAAAGGCAAAAUAGGCCAAGGGACCUCACUCAAUGUUAUCAAAUUUCAGGGUUUGAUAAAACAAAGGAAAACUGUUUUACUUCUCAGUCACCAAACUAAAUCAUUUAUUUUAAAUCAUUCGUGGGGUAUGGGUAUUCUUAGUAAGGCCAGAAUUUAUUGUUAUUCUUGGUUGGUUUGAGAAUAUGUUGGUGACCACUUUCUUAAACCACUGAAGGUUGGCUGUGUCACGAAGGUAGUCAACGAUGACAUUAGGAGGUUCCAGGAUUUUGACCCAGUGACAGUGCAGUAGCCAUGAUAUACUUCCAAGUCAGGUUGGUAAGUAAAUUUCACGGUGUUGUCCCACAUAUUUAUUGUCUUUAUCGUUUAGGAGGUAGAGAUCACGGAUUUAGAAUUGCUAUGAAAAAUCUUAGAAAUCACAGAAUUUCCAACAUGUCUUUCCUUGAUCCCUGGUCUAUCCAGAAACUUUCAGUUGGAUCACUGGCUCCCCCUGCAGGAUUAAGCAAUCAAGCAAGUACAGAGGAACCUCAAUUGUCCAAAGGACUCAGGCAGGGAGUAUUACAUUCGGUUAAUCGAAUUCUGGAUAAUCGAAUGUUGGAUAGCGUAGUUGAGCCAAGCGUCAGGACCUUGCGAUCUUGCCGGAUAAUCCAAAAUUUGGAUAAUCGAAUGCUGGAUAAUCGAAGAUCCUGUGUGUUCAAGAAUCAGCUAUCAGACUAACAUAAACUCAGAUGAAUUACUGUUAAGCACUACACUUCCAAACAAGCUUGACAAAUUGUUGUAGCUCAUCUCACAGCUAGUACACAUUGUGCACCAUUAUGUGUCGGGGUGGAGGAAGUGUACAUUUCUGCUGUCAAUCAGAUGGGUUGCAUUCACCUGGAUUGUGCAGAGAUUCUUGAAUGGUGUGAGAGGUACACUCAUCCAGGCAUCAAACCACAUUUUGAAGCACUGUUCAUUUGUUAAAUAUAGAAUAAUACAAAAAAUUUACAAAUUCACUUAUUUAAAGGUUGAACAGGCUAGCCGUUAUAUCCUUUAGAACUCUAAAGGAUGAGAUCUUGAAGGGACUAGAUGGAGGGAAUACCCUGAAGAUGCUUCUUCAGCUUGCAAGGGAGAGUAAAGUAGAAGGCUUAGGUUAAGAGGUCCUGGAUUCUGGUGAUGCUGGAAGAGCACAGCAGUUCAGGCAGCAUCCAAAGUGCAGCAAUGGCGAUUUCGCACAUGCUCUUCCAGCACCACUAAUCCAGAAUCUGGUUUCCAGCAUCUGCAGUCAUUGUUUUUACCUCUUAGGUUAAGAGGUGUCUUUUUUAAGAGCGAGGUGAAGAGAAAUUCUUUCCUGUUAGAGGGUUGUUAAAGUGAAGAAUUUUCUUCCCUGGAAGGUUGUGGAUGUUUGGCUCUUAACGCUAUUCAAGGCUGAGUUUGAUUUUUGACAGACAGGAGCACUGAGGAUUUAUAAAUUAGACUCCAUACAGUAUGGAAACAGGCCAUUUGGCCCAACAAGUCCACACCAACUCUCUGAAGAGUAACCCACCCAGACCAAUUCCCCUACCCCUGACUAACACAUUGAACACUAUGGGCAGUUUAGCAUGGCAAAUUUAUCUAACCUACACAUCUUUGGACUGUGGGAGGAAACCAGGGCACCCAGAGGAAACCCCAACACAGACAUGGGGAAAAUGUGCAAACUCCACACAGACAGUCAUCUGAGAUGGGAAUUGAACCUGGGUCCCUAGCACUGUGAGGCAGCAGUGCUAACCACUAAGCCACCAUGCUGCCCAUUUGCUGGCUUGUGGGGCAAAGUGAAAAACAGCGCUGAGACUGCAAUCGGAUCAGCAGCAAUUUUACCGCAUGGUGCAGCAGGCUCAAAGGGCCAAGUGGCCUUCUCUUGCUCCUUGUUCCUAUAAACUCUAACUGAACAUCGAAGCAACAAUGUAGGUUAUCGGCCUGAAAUAUUAAUUGAUUUCUUUUCUGUGUGGCUGCUGCCUGAUCGGGUGAAGGUUUUAAGUGUAUCCAGUUUUUAUUUUAGCAGGUCCUGUUGCUGUCUCCACAUUUAACUGAAGAGAGAUACUUCUUAACCCUGAGAAAUCCACCUUGGUUCCUGACAAUGCUGUGCUUCUAACAAGGAGCAAAAGUUGGAGAUUUGGGAACUGACCCCAGCAUAGCCCACACAGUUGCUUUCAUUUUAAUGGAACGUACCUCCCCACUAGUGUCAAUUGACUAGAAUUAGGAGUUCCAAAUGACCGACAACACUUCAAAUAUAAUGUUGUUCGCUAUCUCUAAGAAUGUUGACUAUGCCCAUUAUUAAUGAUCAAUAGAUCAAAGUGGAGUGGGAGGGAAUGUGUUGUUACCUUAUGAAGUGGGAUAUAAACAUUUCUACUUAUAGACUAAUCCCUGCUAUUUAUUUAUUCUGUAUACUUAUUGUAUUAUGUUGAAACUCUGUUUUCAGUCGCAUUCA